AUGCCUCUCGUUGUUCCGGGAAUCCAAAACACUACGGGUGGUGAUAAGAACGAAUGGCUCAAUAAGCUCGUGGGCAAGAAGAUCACCGAAUCCACCCACGAUGUCGAGUCGUUCGCCAAAACCGAUCUUCCCAAGUCCCACCGGAUUCUUCGACCAGGCUCGCCCAUGACUUUCGAUUAUAGAGUGGAGAGGUUGAAUAUUCAUUUGAAUGAGCAGGAUAGAGUCCAGGAUGUCAGCUUUGGUUGA